GUGGGUGGACGCCGCCUGCCGCCAUCUUGCCCGCCCGGGGAUCCAAGAUGCGGCUGGGGCUGCUGGGCGCUGCGCUGCUGCUCGUGGGCAGCGCUCACCUCUUCUCCGAACACAACUCGCUCUCCGGCCCCAGCAGACUCAGCCCCGCGCAGGAACAGAGGACUGAUGGCCCCAAGAGGACUCAGGCCGCGCGUGGGCGGCUCUGGCGAGAGAAGGAGAAAAGGCCUGCCGCAAAGGGUUGUGGAAUAGCACCGCUUAGAGAUGUGUUGAAAGGGUCUCGGAUUAUAGGGGGCACAGAAGCUCAAGUUGGCGCAUGGCCAUGGCUAGUUAGCCUGCAGAUUAAAUAUGGCGGUUUACUUACUCACAUAUGUGGGGGAAGCCUAGUGAGAGACAAGUGGGUCCUCACAGCUGCCCACUGCAUUAAAGACACUAGAGAUCCUUUCAUGUGGAGAGCUGUGAUUGGAACUAAUAAUAGACACAGGGACCAGGAAUAUACCAAGAAGAUUAAAAUUAAAGCAAUCAUUGUUCAUCCAGACUUUGUUAUGGAAUCUUACGUAAAUGAUAUUGCACUUUUUCAUUUAAAAAAACCAGUGAGGUAUAAUGACUAUAUUCAGCCUAUUUGUCUACCUUUUGAUGUUUUUCAAAACCUGGACCAAAACACAACAUGUUUUAUAAGUGGCUGGGGAAGAACAAAAGAACAAGGUAAUACUACAGAUCUCUUACAGGAAGCAGAAGUGCAUUAUAUUGCUCGAAAUAUUUGUAAUUCUGAGAGAAGUUAUGCAGGAAUAAUUCCUGACACUUCGUUUUGUGCAGGUGAUGAAAAUGGACAUUUUGAUACUUGCAGGGGUGAUAGUGGUGGACCGUUAAUGUGCUACUUACCAGAACAUAAAAGAUUUUUUGUAAUGGGAAUUACCAGUUACGGACAUGGCUGUGGUCGAAGAAAUUUUCCUGGUAUCUAUUGUGGGCCAUCCUUCUUUCAAAAGUGGCUGACAGAUCACUUCUCCCAGACAAGCGCUAAAGGCACAUUGAAUAUAAAUAUUUUACUUAGACAGAUCUUCAUGGCUUUAGGUUCUGUUAUCUUAUUAGCAACAACCUAAAGAAAUUCUGAAGACUUUAGUAUCUUUACUUUGCAUGUGUCUCUGUGUUCUACAUAAUGAAAAUCAUUUAUUCAUUUAUGAAUUAAUUGCCCGUGUUAGACUUUUUAUGUGAACAUUUUUCAAAAUAUAAGGAUUUUGUCAGAUUAGAUAUACUAUUGUAAAUUUGUCACUGAAUCACAUGCUUCCUUGAUGUGUCUUGAUUGUUUUACUUUAUAAUCAUAAUUUUGUAUUUGGAAUACUUUCCUAGAGUUUGUAUAAAUUCAGUUAAAUAUAUUCUUCAUGUAUAUAAAUGCCAAAUAAUAAAGAGUUUACAAUUAAAAUGAAAGCUGUUCUUUAGUUAAAUUAAUCAAAACUACUUUUAAGUUACAUUUGAUUUAAUUUAUUAUGUUUUUGAAUUAUUAUCAAACAAUUUGGAGAAAUAAGCAUGCAUUUGCCUAUUAUUUAAAUUCUCAUUAAAGGAAUUAAUUUGAUAUCAAUACUUCAUUUACUAUGCCAAGAGAGAACUAUGGUUCAGACAUAGCUUACUUUUACUUUUUAUUUAGAAAUUUAUAAUGUCACUUUUUUCCAGGAUUAUAACCUACUUUCUAAACCUUAUUUUCUUGACUGAUGCUGAAUGUUUGUAUUUUGUGGGUGCUCUGAAUUAACUGUGAGGAAAGUGACAGGAAAGCGUGCUAGGUACAAGAGGGAAACCAACCUGGGAUAAACUUUAUGAUGGCUAUUCUAUAAAAUGAAUUCGAAGGAACAAAAGAAAAUGAAGAGAAUGAAACAAAAUAUAAAGUUGACAGAAUUGGUAUCUACUAUUAAUCAACUCAUGUUUCCCUUCAACUUAGGAAAAUCCAUUUAGCAAAAGAGAAAUAAUUAUUUUCUUAUCCUUUUUACAUCCAACCAGCUAAAACCAAGUAUUUUUGUUGCUAUUUUACAUUAACCUAACUUCAGGAUUUAAUUUUUGAAAGUAAGCAUGAGUGUCCUACCAAUUAAUUUCCUUGGGGAUCAUUACAAGUUAACACUUGAGGGGUAGAUGACUAUGAUUUUUACAAACUGGGCAACACUGAGGGAUGUUGGUUGUUCUUUCUUGAAAGAGGCCCUAGUUUAUCCAUUGACAAGAUCUCAUAAGGAAUUAGUUGGUAAUGUUUAGAUAGCAAUUAACAGAAUGCAUUUGGCUUUUCCUUUUUGUACUGCCUGAGUAUCAUUCAGAUUCAUUUGAUAACCUUGAAUGUUAAUAAAAAUAAACUCUUCAAGGAGUGUCGUUUGAGAGGUCUGGACCAGCUGGGCUUGUGAAAGGAUCAAGAUACCUUUGGCUAAAGAUUUACUACAUCCCUCCUUCGAAGAGGAAAAGAAAAAACAUAAAAAGAAACGGCUAGUUCAAAGUCCAAACUCUUAUUUUAUGGAUGUAAAAUGUCCAGGUUGCUACAAGAUUACCACAGUUUUCAGCCAUGCUCAGCCAGUGGUUCUUUGUGAAGGCUGUUCAACAGUGUUGUGCCAGCCUACAGGAGGAAAGGCCAGACCCACAGAAGGGUGUUCAUUUAGAAGAAAGCAACACUAAUGAUCUACACAACUUCCUGAAUUUGUGUUAUCUUACACAAAGCCUUAUCAUAAGUUCAGUAAUUCUAGUUAAUCUACCAAAAUAAUUACAUUUGAUUUUAUAAGGUAUAUAACAGUGGUCUCCUAUUUUGGUGUCAGUUUUUCAAUAAAGUUUUGAUUAUGGGGAAAA